AUGGUGACAAUAUUUUAUGUUCUGCUUCUGCUCAAAAUUGGGCGAUGCUCAAAUGAUCCGAUCUUUGACACAAAGACUGUUACUGUCGGACAGAAUGUGACUCUGUCGUGUUUUCGCGAGAGACUUUCACAGUCAACAAACCUAUUUUGGAUCAGACUUGUUUCUCAAACCUUUCCUGAAGUUUUAGGAGCAACUAUAUCCUUUGAUUAUGAGGGUGUUGAGAAGACUAAUCACAUUACAACAAAGCAGGAGCCUGGAGCUUUUGUUCUGCAUAUCACAGAAACACAGCUAAGUGACACUGCAGUGUACUACUGUCUAAAAGUGAAACAACGCACCAUGACAUUUCUGAACGGAGCAUUUCUCAGAAUCAAAGGACCAGAAGCAGAUGACACUGCUGUCACUCAGUACAUUCAGUCAGAUCCAGUCCAUCCAGGAGACCCAGUGUCUCUACAGUGUUCAGUCCUCUCUGACUCUGAGAAAAACACAUGUACAGAAGAUCACAGAGUGUACUGGUUCAGAGCUGGAUCAGAUCGAUCUGAUCAUGGUUUAAUUUAUGCUCAACGAAACAGUACUGAAGAAUGUGAGCAGAGUACUGAUGCUCCUUCUGUGAAGAGAUGUGUCUACAGUUUCUCUAAAGACAUGAGCUCCUCUGAUGCUGGGACUUACUACUGUGCUGUGGCCACGUGUGGAGAGAUACUAUUUGGAAAUGGAACUAAACUGGACAACAAAGUGGUCAGCAGUUGGGAUUUGAAGGAGGCCAACACAGUCAUCUUUCUGUUAUGUGCUACUUUGCUCUUAAGUCUGAUUAUAAUAGCCAUCCUCAUUCAUUCCAUCAAAAAGAAAUCUUCUGGUUCUAACUCUGCUGUUUCACUGCCAAUGAAUGCUGAAAGGACCAGAGAAGACCAGCAGCUGGAGUCGUUGGUGUACGCUACACCGACCUUUACCAAGAGACAAGCCGGAAAAGCACAGAGAAGAAAUGCAAGAGCAGCAGAGGAAGCAUGUUUCUACUCUAAAGUUGCAUUUGAGUGUCGGAAAAAUACUGCCUAAACUAAAAGGAUGCAUAUCCGUCACUAAUUUAUGUUGUAACUAUAAAACAUUGUUCAUGACUGUUUAAAUUCCUGGUGUAAAAUAUUUUUUCAUGCCAGUAAUUUGUGCAUCACUGUCAUUUUGCAGGAACACCAUUAUUACUGUUAUUAUUUGAAUGAGCACUGACUGAUUUUAAAUACAGUAAAAUA